AUGUUACUCAGAGGGGCCCUGCUUGGCGUUCUCCUCUUCAGUGCCCUCUGCGCGGAAACUGUUCUGGCUGGCUCUAGCUUUUUAAGCCCUGAAUAUAAGAAAAUACAGCAACGAAAGGAUUCAAGAAGGCCAGCAACAACGACAACAACAUUGCACCGUCGAAGCAUGGAAGGUUUUUCAGACACAACUGAAGCGUGGGCAGAAGAUGGCAGUAACAGCGUUGAAAUCAAGUUUAACGUUCCCUUUGAAAUUGGUGUCAAGCUAACAGAAGAGCAGUACCAGGAAUACGGACAAACGCUGGAGAAGCUGCUUGGGGACGUUCUCGAGGAGAACGCUAAAGUUUUUAAAAGCUCAGGUGAAUAA